AUGUACAAACUCGAUCCAUUAGUAGAAAAGUUAACGCAUUUUGUACAUACAGACAGUAUGUAUAAAUUGAAAAAUCUAUUCCCUCACUCCAAUGAUUCCAAUAUUAUAAAGAACAACAUAUCCUGUGUAGCAAACGACACAAGUGAACGUGAUCAGACUAUACUGAAUGAAUUGCACCAGUUGGACAACAAUAUCACAUUCUUGUUGAAUAUAUUCAAAAGUUAUAAGCCAAAGAAGAGGAAGAAUUGUGGUCAGACGUCGACGACGAACACUGCUACUACCACUGUUAAACCGACAAAUACGGCUGCCACGACCAACACCACUCCCACCGCCACCCGUACUAUUAGCACAGCUGAGACUGCUGCUUUGAAGAAGUCUUUCGUCGAUGAAUUACACGAAUUAAGUAGUCAUGUGAAUAAUCUUUUAAAUUAUCCUAAAGCGGAUCCUACUACUGCUAAUACUAACGCUCAAAGUGUGCAGGCCCUACUAAGUCGACUAGACGGUGAACUCAACAGUCUAAUCGAUCUAUUUACAAGUUAUCCUAAUCAACUGGUGAACAGAACAACAACAACACCUUCUACAAGUGCGGCGAUGAUGAAUUGCCUCCUCCCCAUGAGAAUACCCAAGGAACCAGUCACUUUUAUUAUUCAAUGUAAUCCAAAUAAUCCUCCAUUAUCUGUACUACUGUUAUGUCAUUUAUUGAUUACUAAUCAUUACAGAGUAACAAUUAAAUCAUUUAAACAUUCAACAGUCAUGAAGGAAUUACCUCAGUCACUGGAGAAAUUCCUUGGACUUUUAACGAUGAAUAACACUACUGCUACCACUACUGCUGCUGCAUCGACGACGACGACUCCUAUUGAUACAAAUUUAAACUUACAUUUCAUCUGGAAUUUAUCAUGUCCUGAUUGUGUUAUAUCUUCAUUUGACAAAUCGAUUACACCGUCAAAGCUAUACGGUGAAUGUAUGCUAGUCGAAUUGAUCUACAGAGUGUUUCAAUCAACGCAAAUUGAUGAUAAGCUGUUAUCGCUGAUUAUAAUGAUUGAUUCAAAGUUGUUACUGCCAUCAUUAUCGCCAUCACUGUGUACUUCGUCGACGACUGUUGUACAAGCCUGUAGACAAGAAAAAGCCCUAACUACACUCAAUGCUCAUUCAUAUUUUCAACGAAUUACACGUGAUUUCCCAUCAAUUAUCGAUUGUUAUUUAUAUACGUGUCUAAAACAAUUGAAUUUGUUCAAUGUACUACCGGGAAAUUUAAAAGUGUGGUUGAAAUUUUGUCAGAAAUGGAAAAGUUUUACUUUGUUAUCAUUGUAACAAUUGGAAUGUGAUAUUGUAUAAUUAAUUAAUUAAUUAAUUAAUUAUAUACAUUCUGGUGUACAGAA